GCCGGGUCAAUGCUGCCCCCCCCAAAAAAAACAGCUAAUGAAUCUCUUGUUUGGUUGGGAACUCUUUUUUGGCUUUUUUUUUCUGCUUUUCUUCUUUUCUGCUGCUGUGGAGGACAGGCUCGAAGAAUGGGAGGAUCGAUUACUCUGGAAGAAAAAUGUGGCAGUGGAGCUCUCUUCAGAUUCAGCAUCGAGCUCAACGUAGAUGCGCACCCCUUCGAAGCCUUUAACGCUGCCAGCGGGCAUCAUGUCACGAAGAGGCUCAUGGAUGCGAAGAGAGGUUGCUCUCUAGCGAACACAAGGAUUAUUUUGGCCAUGCCGGACUCGCUGAUGCGCAGAGCAACCGUAUCCUGGAUGACGCGCAACCACAUCAAGCCUGACACAAUUAAUGACUGGAGAAGACUGACAGACAUGGCAGCAGGACAGACAGAAGAGCAGACAUUAAUCAGCACAGGUGCCGAGUUUGGUGCAGUAUUAUCGAGUUACGAGCUAAGUUCCAUGUGUUCAUCUGUCCUUGGAUGCAUAGAGAAGGGGCCGGUAGGUGAUGUUCCUGCCAUGGUGAUGGGAGGGACAGUAGGAGGGGACAAGGAAAACCAGAUGAAAAGGGGUGUGGUUGCGCACUCUGCGGCGAUGUGCGGAUGUGAAGGAUCCGAGAUGCUUCAGGCAAACUAUGGUGGUCUGGGCAAGUCGAAUGAUCGAAACAGUCGGGUUCAUCCUAGCGUUGCUGACGAUACUGUUAGCUACAUCAACUAUGAGACAGCCCACAGCUGCGCAAAUGGAGAGACUGCUUGCUUGGGCCCAGAAGUUCACGACGGGCAAAUGAGCCGUGUGGUUAUUGUUAUUGAUUUCAAUCUCCUUCCGUGGAAAGAUGAAAUUCAGGAGCGAGAAUUGAAAGAUCUGAUUGAGAGGUUGGCAGCCUGUUGUGCGCAAGGUAGAAUGAUAUGCAAAGCUGAUAUCGGAGUCAUUCUUACGAAUGGACAGCAAUCUGUGCCAUCAAUAGCAACAAACGAUAGAGGAUGGAAGACGGAAAGUGUGCGGAAGCCUUGCUUCGAUUCUUCAGAAGACUGGGAACGGGAUUCCUUUGGAGGGACGCACACUCCGACCACCUCUGGAGCUGAUCGAAGUCCCAGUCCCAGUUUUGUGCAAGUAGGGCAGGGAGGAUGCAUAUGCACCCAAGCGUCUCAAAACGACCACUCUCAUAGCGGGACCGCACAUGCUGACAGAAUUAGUGUUCCACUGAUACAGCCCGGAUGCAAUGCAUGUGGGCAGGUUUGUCAGAGAGGUGACGCCCGUUUCAGAAGUUCGAUGAACUUCUCUGGGACUACAACUAGUGUGGAGGAUGGCCAUACCUCAGAUGAGAAGGUUGAAGAGAGUCAGUCGUCAGUAGAUAUCUCAGGCCAGAUUGAGACUGAGGACGUCGCAGCUACACGUUCUGCCUGUGUAGAUAUAAACAAUUGCACUGAUCAUGGAACACCAGACACUGAACCCUUCACUCCUUGCUCUGUCUCCUUGGUUUGGGUCAUCCCCAUAAGCAGCAACACCAACCUUCGGUGGAAGCUUCGGAAACUUGGCGAAUGGGCUUCGAGCCCAGAGAGGGACUUUCCUGUAAGAUGCCACAUCGUGAGCAAGCCCUUUCACGCAAGUCGCAUGCUAGAAGUGCUGGAAAUGGCAGCUACUAAAGAGACUACAACAUCGGGUGGAAAUGUUGUCGAGAUGGAAAGCCCAGCGGCGGAGGUCGAGCCUGACGAAGUGACACGCCACAAUAUCAUCUGCGAUGCACGUACUCCUUCCCUGUGGAGAAGCGCAGGUAGUCCUAAUCUGCCUCAGGACGGGGCAAUCCAUGACCACUACCUUACGCCUUCUGAUAUUCAAGCAGUUGAUAUCGAUGCAUGUGCAGUCAUGAAAUGUGAGCCAGCGUCUGCAGUGACCACACUCCAAGCAUGUGCACCGUCUGAACUUCACGGAACAGAAAGUUGUGCCUGCGCUUGCAAAGCGGAUGUACGUCAGAAACAAGGUAGCAUGUUGGAGAGUGUAGUGUUUUCACAUCCAGGUACCAGUUCAGAAAAUCUUGGGCCAGAUGACCGUUUCGCUGCUUGCUGCGGGGGUGUAGUGGACAAACGAGCUAGCAUGGGGGGCAGCACAGCGUCCUCACUUGCGUCUAGUGGGUCCAUACACCCUAGACCAGCCGAUUCCCCCUCUGCGAGCGCCAUGGGUGCAACGGCAAAGUCGAACGCAAGCGGGCAUCAGCUAAUGGUCUCCUCCCCUGCUCAUCAACAUCCCAUAAUGGAAAGCGAAAAUGAUAUCCGAAUAACCAUCGCGAAUUGUGUUCGGAAUAGUGACGAAUGGCAAAGGGAUACGGCUCCGGCACGUUUCACAGCUGAAACAUUCGAGAAGGGAACUGCUGUACCUCCACCGCCGGGUCCACCCCCUCCAGAUAGGAAUGCAGCAUUUGCACCGCCGUUGCUAGCGGGAGGUGAAUGCGCGUUAAACAUAGAUUCGAUCUGUUCUGCAAUUGCGCAGAGCAAAAGGGGCGGUCAAGGUAAUCUAGCCAACAGCUCUGAAGCGCUGGACAAUCUCGAACUGAAGGACGUGAAUGGUCGGCAGACGACAAAGUCGUUGCCCGUGGAAUGUGUACUAGGGCCUUCCCAACCCUCUACACAAUCUCUCGAGGGUGAGGGGCUCUCCACCAAGCUCAGAGUUACAGUCUUAGAGCAACCUUCUCACUGUAACCAGUCCCUCAGACCAUCAAUUGGCUUGCAUUUUAGCAGGAGAAUUGUUGAUGCCCACACAUAUGGUGGGAUGGGGAUGUGCAAGUGUGGGUGUGAGAACGAUCCUGCGAUGUCAAGUCCUCAGUCAGCAGGACACUGUAACUGUGAGGUUCGCAAUAGAAUGGACUUCAAGGGCAACGCAGUCAGCACAGAUGGGUUGAGAUCUCUACCGGAGAACCUUUCAGUUGCGAUCAGCGCGGUAAAGAAUACAGUCAAGCCUGAGGAGGUAGAUCAUGUACAAAGGCUGGGAAUAUGUCAGAGAGAGGAGUGUUGUUACCUUAAGGCAGAACAAGCUCCCUCGGAUUUCCAAAUGGACGAGUUGGCUUCUGGCGGAGGGCCGAGGUUGGACUCGAUCCGUAGAGCUGGGAGCGCAUUGGGCAUGAACCGAGUGGAGGGAGGAAGUGCAGUCAAUCAGAGACUGGAACCAGCACGACCAGAUAUACACGAAGGGGGGAGAGGUAUGGGGUUGCACGUGACGAGUGCAAGUCCCGAGCACCGGGAGAUCCAGAUCAUCAGGGGUUCAGAUUCAAAUACAGAGGGAGCGAGAGUGGUCGAUCAACUCUUCCAAGUAGGUGUGGAAGACAGCAUAAGGUCCAUGGUGGGCACGAGCUCGCAAACGACUCCGGCAGUGUCUUGCAAGCAACAGGAUGUUUCGCUUUGUGCAAACGGCUCAUACCAACCAGAACAACCCACUUCUUUGCUGAAACAAGAACAAAUCCAGGGUGUUCCUCUUGCCUCCAAAUGUUCGGAGAGGACUGCUCCUUCACCGAGCCCAAGCUCUGCUUCUGACGGUUCAGUGAAGGAUCCUUCACCCGUGCAGUCCGACUGCGAAAGGAUGAAGCAAGCCACACAAACACCUGCUCAGCUUGGAAAACCCCUCUCUGGACUGGAGGUGCUGGUUGCAGAAGACACGGACCUGCUACGCAAGCUUGAAGUAACAAUGCUACAGAGAGUCGGCGCCAAAGCGAUUGGCGUGGAAGACGGGAAGAAAGCGGUGGAUGCCAUUCAGCAGAGAGCUGCUGUAGGAUCAUCACAGAAACAAUUUGAUUGUGUGCUAAUGGAUUGCCAGCUACACUACUUUAAAGAACACAAGCACCACGCGUACUCCCGGUUGGGGGGCGUGUGCCAAGCAUGGUUGGACAAUCUCUUGUCCAAGCACGGAGUGGUGGGUGCAGACUUGCAUACCAAGAUCAGUUGGGAUGAUCUAAAGGCGGCAUGGCAUAAGCGGUUCCAAGUAGAGCCGUCGGAGAUCAAGGCAAUGGACAAGCUGAUGGUCUUCGAACAAGGCACGCUGUUGAGUGUUGACUGGAUUGCCGAGUACCAACGCUUGACAUCCAUCCCAAACAUUCAAAUGGGCUUCAAAGCCAUCAAACACUACUUCAUCUCGAGGUCGUGUCCGACGUUGGGCAAUGCCUUGACUCACGUCGAGGACACCCUGACGACACCAACAGAACUCUUCGACAAGGCUGCGCAGGUUAUUGUCACGAACAAGGAGGCCAAGAAUCUCCAGCGUUCGUCUGCGUCGAGCCUGAGCAGAGAUCAGCACCGGCCGAAAGUGGCCGUGGUCGCGGCGGCAACGCCAAACGACCAAACUAGCGAGGCCGUGUCUGCCAAUGAAGGGGACAGACUCGCAGCAGCCCGGGAAGGUGGCUGCCCCGGCAAAGGUCGAGGACGAGGCAAGGCGAAGACAAGCACCGCAUCUAGCCCCGGGCCCGGCGCAGCAUCUCCAGCCCCAUGGUCCCAUUACAGUCUCUUCGAGCAAGCAGCUCCUGCCCCAUGGUCCCAUUACGGUCUCUCCGAGAAAGCAUACAAGGCACGCACGAGAUUUCGCUAUUGUCUGUGGCAAGGGCAAAUCGGGAAACUGAGCACCGUCGGGAGUGACUCGACGACACUCUCGACGCCUUCGGAACCGGUCCUUUCGCGGGUGACCGCCCUUCGUUCCAAGGCACAUGCGGAAGUCGAUAGUCCUCUUCUUUAUUCUUUUGAGGACUAUGCUGCCCGGCUCGUUCCUACGCUGGGUACUCAUGCUCAAGGACAAGACGUUUGUGCGGCAUCUUCUUCGUCCGGCAGCGGCGACUUAUCGUCUUCAAGUGGUUCUUCACGGGAUUCGGCGCGCGAGUUCAACAUAGAUGUAUUGGACCCGCUCACGUCCGAGGAUUUCGCAUGGCUUCCUCUCCCGACCACGGGCCGCUUGCCGGGACCGCAAUGCGCAGCAUUAUGCGCUCAUCUUCACACGUACUUAUUCUAUGCACCACCAACUUCGCCGACGGAUGACAAAGUUGCGGUGGGGGACAUCCUUGCAUAUGUUACCAAGGUGGCACGCGAGUUUCACAAUCAGCGGUACGACGACAACAACGCAGCGCUCCUCUAUGUUCGCAUCCAAGUUGGGCAAGCGUCCUGCAGCGCUUUGCUGGAUAGCGGUGUGUCUCACAAUUUUAUGAACCAGGCCUUUAUGCAAAAGGCUGGCCUUGGCACACAAGUUCGAAGGAAGGCAAACCCGACGGCGAUUCAGUUGGCGGACGGAAGGACGCAGCAGCUUAUCGACCGCUACAUCGAGGGCGUACCGGUGUAUUUCGCACCUCAUGCAUGCGAACCGGUGACAUUUGAUAUUUUGGACACGGACUUCGACAUUAUUUUGGGAAUUCCUUGGCUUGCAAGUGCGGAUCACACGGUCAACUUCCACUGGCAGACUCUUACCGUUCGCGACGCCUUCGGUGCCGAAGUGUCGUGUACUAUUCCUUUUCCACACCCUUCGAUUCGGUGUCAAGUGGUGACGGCCAAGUCAUUCCGGGCUACUUGUGCUUACGAGCAGCCCAACGAAAUCGGCCUAUGCUUCCUACGGACCGUCGUGGUAGCCGACUCUUCACCCACGGACUUGUCUUUGGGACCCCGUGUGGUGCGGUUGCUUGACGAGUUCGUCGACAUCUUCGAGUCACCUAUCGGUGUGGUGGCAGAUCGGUCGAUCUCUCACAAGAUCAUUCUCGAAGCCAGUGUCGUGCCGCCGAAAGUUUGCAUUUAUCGCAUGAGCGAGGGGGAGCUUACCGUUCUCUAUGCGCAACUCGACGACUUGUUGGACAAGGGUUGGAUCCGCCCUAGUAGCUCUUCAUAUGGAGCGCCAGUUCUCUUCGUACAGAAGAAUUACAGAGAUCUACGAUUGUGCAUCGACUACCGCAAGCUCAACGCGCAAACCGUCAAGAAUGUGGGGCCUUUUCCUCGCAUCGACGAUCGCUCAAGCGCGAAGUAUUUUUCUAAGUUGGAUUUGAAGUCGGGAUAUCAUCAAAUCUUGAUCCGACCGAACCAUCGUUACAAAUCUGCGUUCAAGACGCGGUAUGGGCAUUUUGAGUGGGUGGUCAUGCCCUUUGGCCUCACCAACGCCCCGACGACCUUCCAAGCGACAAUGACCAACGAGUUUCAUGCGAUGUUGGACCGGUUCGUGCUGGUCUACCUAGACGACAUUCUCGUCUAUAGCCGAUCAUUGGAGGAUCAUCUUGAGCAUCUUUGACGAGUGCUGGAGACGCUCCGCCGCGCCAAGUACAAGGCCAACCGCGACA